CACAAACCCGCAAACCACAGGCUGUGGAGUUAGUAGAGGAAGAGUAGUUUCGGAAGAAAUACAAAAUGGUGAAAAUUCGCCGAGUGUGAUUGGUGAUGGCAACAAAGCGUUAGGUUCUUUGUCGAAUCUGGUAGCUAAUAUACCGGCCUUGGUAGGCCUACACAGAGAUUCGGUGAAUCCGUCUGUCAAUGUCUGUUAGAACUACAAAUGUGACAACUGCCCAAGUACAUGCGGAGGCCAGCAGUCAAAACAGGGAGCGUCCACCCCAGACGGAGCAGUCAAGACACGACAUAGCCACACGAACUGAGGUUGUUGUAAACGACAACGAUGUUUGGGAUGAUAAUUUAGUUGAAGCUUGGGAAGCGGCUGAUUUUACCCAGGCUGACCCCGCGGUGCUGCCGGCUAACCAAGAGGCGUUUAGGUUAGAAUCUGGUACGAGCCAUACGUUAACCCUGGAGGAGGUUGUCUUAAGGAACGAUGGGGCAACGGGCUACGCUGAGAUGUGUGGACAUCUUGCUCAGAUUAGCACAGAAUUGAGGCUCGCAAGAGAGGAGCGACAAAGUGAUCGAGAGGAACGACAAAGGGAUCGCGAGGAUCGCCGCAGGGACAGAAAGUUGUUUGAAAACUUCAAACGCAUCGUCACCGCUAAUAUUUCCAAAAAUUCUGUCGGCAUCAGAGAAAGCCUAGCGAGACAACGACUGAUUCGAAGCGCUGUAAAGGACGUUCUUGAAAAUCAGUCUCAAAGUGUUGUUUUGUUUAUGGAAAUUAUCAACAUGGCCAGACGAAGAUCUGGUGAGUAAAUACAUUUAUUUAUAGCGAUUUGCUGUUUAUUGAUAUACGUC